AUGUCGGUACCAUUCUUACCCGCCAUUGACCUGGCCCAAGGCCUCAAUGCCUCUACAGGACUUAGCGCCGCCAGCCUUGGUCACGUCGGCGCCGUCUACGCUGUCGCAACCCAACAGACCAUUGAUGCCGCCUUCGACCACCUCAAGCAGACUGCCACCCACUUCGGCACCUACUUUGACGUGACAAAGCUCGACUCAACCGACGACAUCCUGUCCUUGCUUGAUGCCGGUGCCGUCAAGGUCUUUGUUUCCAGCGAGCAACUGCAAAACAUCCAGAACAAGAACGUUGAUGCCUCACGGCUAGUCCUGUCGCUCGCCGGUGCUGGCAACUCAGCACUGGACGUGCUGCAAGGCAACGAGGUUGGAAUCUACCUUGCCGCCAUCGCCGACGUCACUGCUGUCGAGAGCUUGCUCGAGGCAUACGGAUCCAACAGACCACCCGUCUACGUUUCGCUCGCCCAGCCCACUCUCGAGAAGGCCCUCCAGAUCGCCCACAUCAACGCGACCCCCGUCAUUGCCGCCCAGCACCUCACUGUUGACCCUAAGAGCCAACCCGACCUCAUCCCCGCUGCCNCUCUUCUCCUCGCAAACGCUACUACCGACAGACCCGAUGGUCUUUUCACCACCCUUGUCACAGAUGAGCGCGGCGUCGCUCUUGGCCUUGUCUACAGCAGUGAAGAGAGCAUCUCUGAGAGUUUGCGCACCGGUCGUGGUGUCUUCUUCAGCAGAAAGCGUGGUCUGUGGUACAAGGGUGAGACCAGCGGAGAUAUUCAAGAGUUGAUCCGUAUCGAUAAGGACUGCGACGGUGAUGCUCUGCGUUUCAUCGUCCACCAAAAGGGCAGAGGCUUCUGUCACCUGGCAACUCCUACGUGUUUCGGCGACUACGCUGGUCUGUCGCGUCUCGAAAAGACCCUCUCGAGCCGCAAGCGCUCGGCUCCCGAGGGCUCCUACACCGCUCGCUUGUUCAACGACCCCAAGAUGCUGUCAGCAAAGAUCCUUGAGGAGGCACAAGAGCUGGUCGAUGCGACAGACAAGGACAACAUUGCUGCUGAAGCUGCCGACGUCAUCUAUUUUGCUCUGACCAAGUGCAUUGCCAACGACGUCUCUCUCGAGGAUAUUGAGCGCAACCUGGAUGCUAAGAACUUGAAGGUCAAGAGAAGAAAGGGUGACGCCAAGCCUCAAUUCGCUGAGAAGGUUGGCAUGCAAGUCAACGGAGACAAGGAGAUGGUCAAGGAGGCUGCUUCGGUGCCCAAGGCCAAGGAGGACCCGACAGGCACUGUCGACGGCAGAAUCAGCAUGCGUCGCUACUACACAACCAAGGAGACCAAGGACACCGUGCAGCAGGCUCUGCAGCGUCCCUCGCAAAAGUCGACUGACCGCAUCAUGGGCAUUGUCAACCCCAUCAUCGAGGGUGUCCGCAAGGGCGGUGACAAGGCUCUGCUCGAGUACACUCACAAGUUCGAAAAGGCCACUUCUCUCAGCACCACUGUUCUCAAGGCUCCCUUCNCCGAAAACCUCAUGCAAAUCGCUCCUGAGACCAAGGAGGCCAUCGACAUCUCAUACGAGAACAUUCGCAAGUUCCACGCCGCACAGGAGACUGAGGAUCUUCGUGUCGAGACCAUGCCUGGAGUUGUCUGCUCUCGCUUCGUUCGUCCUAUCGAGCGCGUCGGUUUAUAUGUUCCCGGUGGUACCGCCGUUCUUCCCUCGACAACUCUCAUGCUGGGUGUUCCUGCCAAAGUCGCAGGCUGCAAGAAGAUUGUCAUUGCCUCUCCUCCUCGUUCUGACGGCUCAAUUACUCCCGAAAUUGUCUAUGUCGCCCACAAGGUCGGCGCCGAAAGCAUCGUUCUGGCUGGUGGUGCUCAGGCUGUUGCUGCUAUGGCUUACGGUACCGAGUCGGUCACCAAGGUCGACAAGAUCCUUGGCCCUGGUAACCAGUUCGUCACUGCUGCCAAGAUGAUUGUUUCCAACGAUACCUCCGCCGGUGUCAGUAUCGAUAUGCCUGCUGGCCCCUCAGAGGUCAUGGUAAUUGCUGACAAGACUUCUAACCCUGCCUUCGUUGCUUCCGAUUUGCUAUCACAGGCCGAGCACGGUGUUGAUUCGCAGGUCGUACUCAUUGCCAUUGACAUGAGCGAGAAGGAGCUGCAGGCCGUCGAGGAUGAACUUCACAACCAAGCCAUGGCUCUGCCCCGCGUUGACAUUGUUCGUGGCGCCAUUGCUCACAGUCUGACGCUGGUCGUCAAGACUCGUGAGGAGGCUAUGGAGUUGAGCAACUACUACGCUCCCGAGCACUUGAUUCUGCAAGUCGAGGAUGCUGAGGCCUACACCGAGACCGUCGAGAACGCCGGUUCCGUCUUCAUUGGCCCCUGGACUCCUGAGUCAGUUGGCGACUACUCUGCUGGUGUCAACCACUCUCUGCCCCAAGGUCUGCGCAACGUCGGCAAGGCAGUCAUGCAACUCGCCAAGGUCGAGCAACUCGAGGCCCACAGACGCGCCGUCGAGAUCCGCAUGCAGCACAUGGACAAGCAGUAG